AAAAUGAUUUCUUAUUUAUUAGGUGGAAUAGCUACACAAUAUUUGUGAUUAACAGUUUUAUCAUGCAAUGAUGCAGUUCUUUGUCCAGUUUCUCAGCAGGCAUGUUUUAAAGGAAGCACAUUUCUGUGUGACUUUUAGGAGAGCUGUUGCGAAAGAUUACAAACAAAUUCACCAAAAGUUAAAUCUGACAGCAGCAAACAGAGAGAUAAACUUGAAACUUUUGGAAGAACAUGGCUACCAGCCUCACUCAGACAGAAACCAGGAAAAAGUGUUGGAAUGGGACAAGACAAAACUGGAGUUCUUCAUCCUAAAACUAACAGCUGCCUCGAGAAGGAUCUACAUAUGCCCCUCGCUGCUUCUGUUUGUGAAUGGAUCAUACCACCCUGUGGGGGGACCAUGGGACAAAGACGCCAGGGGGGCCAUAAAAGAGUUCUCCCGCAAUAUCCUCAGGGAAAAGUUAGCAAAGAAGAUUGACGAAGUGUACGGAAAUGAACCAUUUGUGGAAGACGUUCACCAGAGGUUUUGUAAGGUUUGCAAAUACAACGAAAGUAUGGAGAAGCUGGACCUAAUUAAACAGUAUCAGAUGCAGUCUAAUGUAAGAAUCGCAAAAAGAGUUGUCACCCUGACCAAAGAGAAACUUAUUGCUGAACUGGAAAAAAUGGACAAAAGCUUAAAAGAGAAACUUUGCAUCAUGGAGGAAGAUCCUGAAGACAAAGAAGAUAGUGAUGUGAAGGAAUUACUUGUGAUGUUAUGUAAGAAACACAAUUUACUUCACAACAUAGAAAAUACAAGGGAGAUAAUUCACAUCUUGUUCAAGUUUGGUUUUAAGUAUCACGAAAUUGCCCUUGCAGAUCCCCGUAUUUUUCGAAUCACUUAUGUUAACACAUUUGUACAAGUGUUGUCAGAAAUGUGUGAAAAUACGAAUUUAGAUUACGAAAAAAUAGGUUCUACAGUGGAAAAAACUAGACCCCGAUAUGUAGGUAGUGUCAUGUUAGGCAGUUCUUUAGACAUUUCAAAGAAACACGUCCAAGAAAUGAGACAACCUUUCAGAACAAUCAGAACACACCAUUUUUCACGGAAUCCCGAAAAAGUUGUUGAAAAUGUGACAUUCCUAAAGGAGGCUGGAUUUGAUCCAUAUGUAAUUCUAAACUGUCUCCUAAUCACAAACUUUGACCAUAAUUCUUUGCAGGAAGCAUACGUUGAUGCUGUGAAGGAAUUUGAUUCUUGUUCUUUGAGUAUUGACAGUUCUACUGCAGUGAAAAUGAGCUUGCUUUGUCACAUGUAUCUGGAAUUAUCCAAGGAGCCGGAUAAACCUGUGGAUCUGGAUGAGAUUGGAUGUGAUGAUUUAUCCAAACCGGAUCUGGAUCUGCCUCCAGAUGAGGAUGAUGAAGAGGACCUGGAUUCUGCUCACCUUUAUCUACAAUACAGUCAGUAGGACUGUAUUGUAUACUUAUAUAUACAGUUCGGAUAAUUUUAUAGGAUUGUAAUAUAUACCAUGUAUACCGUCCACAUACUCUGUUUAACAUG